AUGAAAAAAAAACCAUUCAACAGUCCUAAUCAUCAUCAAAUUAUUAAAAAACCUAUAGCAGAAGAGGGAGCAAGAAUAACACAGAGGUCUGAACGAUUUCGUGAAUCACUUGAUCAAUCACAAUUGGAAAGAGUUGGUAUAAAACAUGACCACAGAAAAAUAUUAUCGAAACAAAAGGCUCCAGUGCAAUAUUUUGAUGUUGUGGAUGAUUUUUUAGAUGUUUUCGAAAUUUAUAUCGACACACAAAUUUCAAUAGAUAAUCUCAAUAAACUUCCUUUAAGUAUUAAUGACAGCAUUAAUAACAACAAGAGACUUCUUGCAAGAGAUUUCUUCAACGAACAUUCACCACCAAUAAGGCUUAAUACUUUAUACCAAAAACAAUACGAGAAAGAACCAGAUAAUGUUGAUUAUUCAUUUGAAAAUGUUGUCGAUUUGGAAUUAUCAUCACCCUUUAGAUCCAAAAAUAAAAAUUCAAGGCAGAAUAGUAUUCACGAUAUUGAGAUGAUAGAAGACAACACAGAAAUUAGACCAAGAUCAAGAUCAAUGAGUAUAGCAAGUUCUAUGUCAGAUUUAAUGGAGGUCGAUGACCAGUUUGCCAUUUUCGGCAACAAACCUUUAUCCCCAAAUAUCAGACAACCAACUUCCAUAUUUUCAUCUCAAGCUAUAGGAAAUAAAAUUAUUUCAGAUGAUAGGCCAAUUAAUGAGAAUAUUAAGCCGACGUCAGUCUUUGAAUCACAUGAUAAAAAGUUAGAAGUAGUUUCAGGCGAAAAAAAAGUGAUUGGUAAGGAUCCUCAACUGCCUGAACUGUCUCACAAGGAAACUGUAGCAGAAGAACAAGACGAUCAAAAACAAAAGAAAGAUGAAGAAAUAAAAUGGAAGGUUUUUAAAGUAUCAGGACCACCAUCAUGUAUAAAUCUUCAUGAAGAGAUAAAAAAAUUACCAGUGUUUCCAGGAGAUAAAAAACGUGAAGAAAAACUUAACAACAAUAACAACAGUAACAAUAGUGGAUUAUAG